AUAUAAUACAGAAAUGAAAAAAAUGAAAUGUUCGACUUUGAUUUAAUUAGGUGUCCAUGGGAACAGAAAUCGGAACUGGGAAACCUGAGAGCAGUGAAAUGAGCCGUCCUUCACAGAGCAAUCAGAGUAUGGAGGGAAAAGGUUUCCCGUCAGUUCAGCCUGACUCCUGUGGCUCCUCUCUCUCUCCCUAUUUUUCUAUCUCAGUCUCCCUCUCUUUCUCUUUCUCUCUCUCUCCUUUUACAACAUGGAUCACCUGCUCACCUUUUUGCUCUGCAUCCUGCUGGAAGUUCUCGCUGUUACCUGUCAGACAAUGAUGCAGGGCCGGAUAAUAGGCGGAUACGCCCCUGCACCUUACUCCAUCAAGUACAUGGUGUCCAUCCAGACCAUCGUGGGACAGCACUUCUGCGGUGGCACUUUGAUUAACAAGUACUGGGUGCUGACAGCAGCACACUGCAACGUAGGUGCUGGGAACAUGAGGAUUGUCACCGGAGAUUAUUCCGUAAGUGUGUACGAAGGGACAGAACAGUACCGGUCGCCACAGCUUCUAGUACCUCACCCGCAGUACAACAAAAGCACUAACAAUGCAGACAUCAUGCUCAUAAAGAUGCAGACUCCGGUGAUUGUUAAUGACUAUGUGAGCACUGCACCGCUGCCCCGUCAAGGGGAGAACAUGGCAGAGGGGCGUGUGUGUCGUGUAUCAGGCUGGGGAUUCACUAGCCCCACUGGGGGUAUCCCUACAUCUCUUCACACUGCCACUGUGCCCAUUGUCUCCAGUGCCAACUGCAACAACACCGACUCCUACAAUGGAAACAUCACAGAAAACAUGAUCUGUGCUGGCUACGCUGAGGGAGGAACAGAUGCUUGUAGUGGUGACUCUGGUGGGCCACUGGUGUGCGAAGGGCGUGUCUACGGGAUUGUGUCUUGGGGUAACGGUUGCGCAGAUCCAAGGUAUCCUGGAGUUUACACCGCCGUGUCAAAUUUUCGCAAGUGGAUUGACGACACUAUAUUCGGUUUUUAUGGGAACUGUGGCAAGAAGUAGAGCGUGCUACCUCGAUCCAUGUUCAACCAUUAACUUGAAACCACAAAGAGAUCAACAUGCCAAAAUUCCAUGUUGUUAGAGUAUAUUUUCAUGUUGCGUUAUGUUAAUAUUAUUCAACUGUAAAUUAUGGUGAUUUAUUCACCACCAGUGUCAGGACAGUCAGAGGUAAAAUCUCUUUUUAGUAUUUUGUUCCUUAAUUAAUAAAAUAGCUUAUAUUGGUAUAGACUUUCUUUUCUGUUUUUAGGAGGGUUUGAGUCGAGUGAACCUUUGCGUAUGUUCUUUAGUAGUUGCCAUAUUGUAUAGCAUAGUCAUUUGCAUUAGCAGAUCCAACAAAACAAUGUGUUCCUACCAAAGAAUUACCAUUGGUUAUGA